AUUAAGAAAUUUCAGUGGACAUCGUGUUGUUGCUUUGAAGGAAUUAAAAAAUUAUAAGUAUAAUAUUUUAGAAUUUAUUAAAGCGAUUAAAGAUAUAACGAUUGAUUGGUUUUAUUCUUCAUGCAUCACUGGAUUUUUUGGAAUUUCAAAAAAUCCUUCCACGCAAAACCACAUUAUUGUUAUGGAAUCAUGUAAUAAUACUAUUCAUAGCUUUUUAUCUGAUGUCUUUCUAAAAAUUGGGUGGGAAUCAAAAGCAGAAUUGUUAUAUCAAAUAAUAGAAA